CUUUUCGGUCGAGAGGGAAAAAAACGAUCACAGGGAUCUCUCUUAGUCGAGGUGGAUCACGUGUUCUCCGACGGAAUUGUAGGAGUAUUGAGCGCAUUGUUGAUUGUCCGUCCGAAAACUCCGGGUUUUGGUGAUUAAGGGUUUUGUGAUUUUUUUUUUGGUGAAAUGGGACUCCUCGGAGGUCGAUAUACUCACGAGCUGGCUCAGGGACCAGUAGGAAGCGUCCUUUUUGCGGCUCUGCGAUACAUCUGAACGGGAAUAUAUGUUUGGAGAGGGGAAUGUGGCAACAGUGUACUUGUGAAAACGAUCUCGCAGGAGUUUGUGCUCCGUAGGGACGAGUUUAAGAGCAGGCAUACCUGUGCGGUAUUACCCUAUUGCGGGUGGUUCGGGAAUAGGGGAAUUUGUGAUAAAUUGCCGAUGCGAUUCUGGUGAUUCGAGAGAACCGUUAAUAGCAGAAAGAAAGGGUGGUUUGAAUAUAAUAAUUAAAUUUGUUAAAGUAUACUGGAUUUUUAUCUAUAAAUUGUAUAAAUAUUAAUUUUUUAGUGAGAGUUCAGAUAGUGGUUAAUUCGCGGUAAUUAUAGUGUACUGCGGAUCGUAUUGAGAGGGAAAUAGUGUUAGGAUUUUGAUUGAACCCGUGAUAAUGACUUGAGGCGGUCGACCUUCACCGGGAAUCACAACAAAGUACACACAAUAAAAAUGGGAAGUAGAGCAGUUGGUGUAGGUGCAACAACAAGUUCAAUCGGUAUCGUGGGGGAAGCCGGUCUCGCCGGUGUUCCUCGGCUUCUCGAGGACUUGGCAAGACUCUCUGAGGACAAGGACUCAGCGGACAUUGUUUUCCUUCUUGGCAGGGAUGAAACCCCCGUCUACGGUCACCGUAUAAUCCUUCAAGCAAGAUGUAAGAAUUUUACUGCACCAAAACGAAUCGGCACAUCGGGGAAUCCCACACCAGUUCGCAUGCCUCAUGCCCAUCCAGAAACAUUCCGGCAAUUCGUGCACUACGUCUACACUGGAAAGAUUAUGCUUCAGGACAGUGGUAUCUUUGAGAUGCUGGCACUUGCCCAGGAAUUGGGUGUCGAGGAGCUUUGGAGAAGUUGUGAGGAGCACGUUUCUGCUACAUUGAGUCCUGGUAAUGCCUGCGCACUCCUGACGGCGGCGUUGGACGCACAGGAGAGGGUUCUCGGUGGCAAAGGCGCCUGUUCGUCGUUCAUCGAACGAUGUUACUCCUUCAUCGGGGACAAUGCCCUGGACACUGUGAAGACAACGGCAUUCUGCAAUCUGCCUAAGGACGCACUCGUUAAAUUAAUUUCAUCGGAUUAUCUGGGACUCGAAGAGGAAGACGUAUGGCGUGCUGUUCUCAAUUGGGCCAAGUACCAGGCAGGUGUAACCCAACCGACUCAACACUGGACUGAAGAAGAACGAGCCAGGGUCUGUCAGCACUUGGCUGGAGUGAUAAAUCACGUGAGAUUGCUUCUCAUCGACAGCCACGUCUUCGCUGAGGAGGUUGAACCCACUGGGGCUGUCCCCAUCGAACUUUCCUUGGAAAGAUACCGAUACGCUGCUGUCCCGAACAAAUACGCUGAGAACUGUUCUGACAAACGUCUGCAGCCUCGUGUGGGCCCCCUGAUGUUCCCCAACUCCCAGAUCCUCUCACGAGACAAGAUGGGCUAUCAGAGACUGUUAAAUCAGUGGUACGGGGUAUCCAAACAAAAUUGGCGACUGAUUUACAGAGCAUCUAAUCAUGGAUAUUCAGCUGCUGCAUUUCAUCGUCACUGUGAUGGGAUAGCUCCUACAUUCACAAUAGCCCUGGGAACCCGUGGUGAAAUAUGUGGAGGAUUCAGUGACGUCGCCUGGGAUAAAACCACAACGAAGGGUCAAUACAUAUCUUCAGAGAAGGCAUUCCUCUUUACACUGACCAACAAUCAAGAUGUGCCACCAACAAAGUACGACUUGAUAAAGAAAUCCUUUGCCAUCUGUUAUCAUCCCGACAUUGGUCCGAUAUUUGGCGCAGGUGCAGACUUGAUGAUUGCCAAUAACUGCAAUAACAACCUGGAGAGCUACAGUAAUUUACCUCACAGCUACGAUGGCGAAAAUGCCUCGAAUACGAUUUUGAUGGGGGAUUAUCAUUUUAGUGUUGUGGAUUAUGAAGUGUUCACUCUCAACCACCUUCCCCUAAAAUCCGAUAGACAUUGAUCCUCGAUCCUUGCUUUCCUAUCUUUCAAAUGCCUUCAAAAGUUCUCUGUCUAUGAUUUUAUUUUGACGACUAGAAAAGAUCUAAUAAAAAUUUUCAAUGAUUUAAGAAGGAUUUUAAUGUCUUCUGAUUGAUUUACGAAUAAAAUAAAAAAUUAUAUUUCACAA